AUGGUAGGGCAAAUAAAUGAUUACAUGCUCAACCAAAUUCCCGGUGAAGAAUCAACUUAUUACAGCUCAGAUUCAAUUGCCAAUGCAGAUGGAACGGGAAGUAUAUCACAUCCUGAGUACCCAAUUGAAUUUCUAAACACUUUGCAGCCCGGAGGCCUUCCCAACUAUGAAUUGAAACUUAAAGUUGGAGUUCCAGUGCUAUUGUUAAGAAAUAUCGAUCAAACAGCUGGAUUAUGCAAUGGGACCAGAUUAAUCAUCAAACGAUUGGGCCGGUGGAGCAUUGAAGCUGAAAUACUAACAGGAACACAUAUAGGUGAUCAUGUCUUCUUGCCGAGGCGGCAAUACCCUAUAGCAUUAUGUUUCGCGAUGACAAUAAACAAGAGUCAAGGGCAAUCAUUGAAGCAUGUUGGACUUUGCUUGCGACACCAAGUAUUUUGUCAUGGUCAGCUUUAUGUCGCAGUUUCCAGAGUAACCACUAGAACAGGCCUUAAAAUUCUAAGCUGUGAUGAAGAAGGCCAAGAGCUGAAGACAAUGAAGAACAUAGUGUUCAAAGAGGUGCUAAAUGAAGCAUGUAUAUCAGGUUAA